CAGACAUGUUCCUCACCCUCCCACUUAUUUCUAGUAUCAUACUACCCCCAACGACCAAGAAACCCAUAUAUAGUAGAUAUAUUACUUUUUGCAGGAAAAGCUAGCUUGGCUUAAUAAUGGAGUCUGAAGAGGGUCUCAGGCGGAGAAAGCAAGCUCUAAAACCUAUCAAAACAAAGACAGCAAACAAAGAAGGAGAAGACAGUGUUAAUCAUCAGGUGGAAGAAGAGCCAUUGAGUCCAUCAGCUCGGUUGUUCCACGAACCACAUUUUAAUGUCUACAUCAUAGCCAUCAUGGGUUGCAAGACCCAAAUUUAUCCGGACAUCGCUAAAGCCAACCUGGUUCACACUUUGCUUAAGCACCCUCGCUUCUCUAGCUUGCAGGUUGUGGGGGAUGGAGGAGAGAUGAAGUGGGUUCGAACAAAGGUGGAUUUGGAGAAACACGUUAUAGUUCCUGAGCUAAAUCCGAACAUGGAUGACGCUGACCAAUAUGUCGAAGACUAUGUGUUUAACCUGAGCAAAAGCAGCAUAGAAAAGACCCAGCCGAUGUGGGAUCUCCACCUCUUAAACGUUAAAACCUCAGAUGCAGAGGGAGUUGGAAUAUUCAGGGUUCACCACUCUCUUGGAGAUGGCACUUCUCUAAUGUCACUUUUACUCGCAUGUACACGCCAAAUCUCUGACCCUCAGGCUUUGCCAACGGUUCCAGGAGUGUUGUACAAGAAGAAGAAGAAAAAUGCUGUGAAUGGAAGCAGUAGUUGGUGGAUUUGGCGUUGUUUGAUUGGGUUUUGGUGGGGUUGGCAGCUCUUUUGGAACACAGUGGUUGAUGCUUUCAUGUUUAUGGUCACAGCUUUGUUCUUGAAGGACACUGAAACGCCUCUCAAGGGACCACCAGGCAUUGAGUUCACUCCGAGAAGAAUUGUUUACCGCACGGUUAGUUUGGAUGAUAUCAAGUUAGUGAAGAACGCCAUGAACACGACCAUUAAUGAUGUUGCUCUUGGAAUUACACAGGCUGGUUUAUCCCGUUAUCUCAACAGGAGAUAUGGUGAUAGUAAGAAAGAUGAUGAAGCAAAUAAGGCGAAAAAUAAUCUUCCGAAGAAAAUUCGCCUCCGAUCAACUUUGCUGAUAAAUUUGAGACCAACUGCAGGGAUUCAGGCUUUAUCUGAUAUGAUGGAGAAAGACACUGAAGCAAAGUGGGGAAACUGGAUUGGAUAUGUCCUCCUCCCUUUCACCAUUGGAUUACGGGAAGACCCAUUAGACUAUGUUCGCCAAGCCAAGGCCACAAUUGACCGAAAGAAGCACUCCUUUGAAGCUAUUUUCACUUUCUCCGUAGCUGAGUUGGUCCUCAAAAUUUUUGGCAUCAAGAAGGCGAGUGCUCUAUCUCACAGUAUUCUGACUCGCACAACCAUGUGCUUCUCCAAUCUAGUUGGACCCCUUGAAGAAAUUGGAUAUUAUGGACAUCCAAUGGCUUACCUAGCUCCAACAUCUUAUGGUCAACCACAUGCAUUGAUGAUAAAUUUUCAAAGUUAUAGUAACAAGAUGACCAUUGUGCUAUCAGUUGAUGAAGAUACUAUUCCUGAUCCUAAACAGCUGCGUGACGAUAUUGUUGAUUCCCUUCAACUCAUUAAGGAUGCCGUCAUUCAAAAAGGCCUCAUCAAGGAAGAUCAUAACUUAAACAAAAUAUGAAGCCUAUUCACAGAUUUCCAACUCAAUCGAUUUUAAACACUUAUUCCAUAGAUUAAUUAUUGUAUUUGUUGCUGAUUCUAUUUUUCGCAUCUUUCUAUAUUUUCCUCUCAUUUCUUAAUGGUUUGCUGUUAUAAUUAAAUAUAAUGUGCCUACUUUGAUUACAAAAUAAAUUGUGUAAAAGUGUAAUUUUUUUUU